AUGCGGCAGACAACGACGAGUCGAGGAGGUGGUGGAGGAAGAAGGUCAUCGGUGCGGCGAUGGCCGUGGUGGACCAGAGCUCCAGGGCCAGCUCCAGCAGCUGUUCCACCUCCAAGACGCCGGCGUCGACCAGAUCUUCAUCGACGCGCUCCCCAUCUUCGUCUACCGCGCAAUCCUCGCGCCAGCGCCGGCAACCGCAAGGGCCGCAGUGACCCCUUCGACUGUGUCGUGUGCCUGUGCGAGACCGCCAUGGACGACGCGCUCCGGCUGCUACCCACCAGCGGCCACACCUUCCACGUGCCCUGCAUCGACACUUGGCCGAUGGCUGCGCCGACACGGCCACGGGAGCGCCCGGUACAAGGGAUGGCAAUGAGAAUGAGGUGUCCCCGAAGGCAGAUUAGGUCGUCAAGGUGA